UGACCAGAGUCGUGUUGGGCUGACACUGGUGAAGGGCGGCUCUCGUGGAGUCUGAGGAUUCUGUGAAGAUCUUACCCUUGGGCAGAAGGCAAGGAUGCGUGAAAUUGUGCACAUUCAGAUUGGCCAGUGUGGUAACCAGAUCGGAGCCAAGUUCUGGGAGGUGAUUGGUGAGGAGCAUGGCAUUGACUCGGUUGGGAGCUACGGCGGGGACUGCGCCCUGCAGCUGGAGAGGAUCAGCGUGUAUUACAAUGAGGCCCACGGUAAGAAAUAUGUGCCCCGAGCUGUCUUGGUGGACCUGGAACCUGGGACGAUGGACAGCAUUCGAUCCAGCAAACUGGGAACUCUCUUUCAACCAGACAGUUUUAUCCACGGUAACUCUGGGGCAGGCAACAACUGGGCCAAGGGCCACUACACAGAGGGAGCGGAACUGCUCGACAGCGUCCUGGAUGUCGUGCGGGGCGAGAGCGAGGCCUGCGACUGCCUGCAGGGCUUCCAGAUCGUGCACUCGCUGGGCGGGGGCACGGGCUCGGGCAUGGGAACACUGCUUAUGAACAAGAUCCGAGAGGAGUACCCCGACCGCAUCCUCAACUCCUUCAGCGUCAUGCCCUCGCCCAAAGUGUCAGACACAGUGGUGGAGCCCUACAACGCCGUGCUGUCCAUCCACCAGCUGAUCGAGAAUGCUGACGCCUGCUUUUGCAUCGACAACGAGGCCCUCUAUGACAUCUGCUUCCGCACCCUGAAGCUGACCACACCCACCUAUGGCGACCUCAACCACCUGGUGUCCUUGACCAUGAGUGGCAUCACCACCUCCCUCCGGUUCCCGGGCCAGCUCAACGCCGAUCUGCGAAAGCUGGCUGUGAACAUGGUGCCCUUCCCCCGCCUCCACUUCUUCAUCCCUGGCUUCGCCCCCCUCACCGCCCAGGGUAGCCACCAGUACCGGGCGCUCUCGGUGGCCGAGCUCACCCAACAGAUGUUUGAUGCCCGCAACACCAUGGCUGCCUGCGACCCCCGGCGGGGCCGCUACCUGACGGUGGCCUGCAUCUUCCGGGGGAAGAUGUCCACCAAGGAAGUGGACGAGCAGAUGCUCACCGUGCAGACCAGGAGCAGCAGCUGCUUUGUGGAGUGGAUCCCCAACAACGUCAAGGUGGCUGUCUGUGACAUCCCGCCCCCGGGGCUGAGCAUGGCUGCCACAUUCAUCGGCAACAGCACGGCCAUCCAGGAGCUCCUCACCAGGGUGUCGGAGCACUUCUCAGCCAUGUUCAGGAGGAAGGCUUUCGUGCACUGGUACACUGGCGAGGGGAUGGACAUCAAUGAGUUUGCCGAAGCUGAGAGCAACAUCCAUGACCUGGUGUCUGAGUACCAGCAGUUUCAAGACGCCAAAGUGGCUCUAGACGAAGAUGAGGAGGUGGUGGCAGAGGCAGAGGCGGAAGCAGAGGAUAAGGAACAUUAACCACAAGAGCAGCUGUGAGCAGUAGCAGCAGGCGCAUCCUCCUGGUGGCAAUCCCAAGGCUGCUCUGCUGCGUGGCUCGGCCAGCCACACCGCACAGCCACUCAGUGCUAGCUUGGACAUGGG